AUGUGCUCCAAAAGGGGGUUACGGGGCAUCCAAAGUUCCCGCGCGGCUCGCACUGGGUUUAACUCUGUGGCGCUUGGCAUGCCCGACGACAUUACUCGGCGAUAGACUGUUCUGGGGCUUGGCAGAACCUUUAAUUUGCGAGAUCUUCAACGCUACCAUCGAGUGCAUUUACGAUCGUUGGGGGCAUCUAGUUGACCAGUUGCAACACGAAGCGAUCCUGCCUAAGAUAAAUAUGUUCUGUGAAGCCAUUCAAGACAUGGGUUCCCCCCUAGACCGCUGUUGGGGAUUUAUAGACGGAACUGUCCGUGCGAUUGCUCGCCCGUGGCGCAUGCAUGCAGAGGCUCUGGUACAACGGCUGGAAACGUAAGCAUGCCUUGAAGUAUACAGAAGCUAUCCACGGGGCGACAGAGGUCGGGAACGGCGGAGGGUGCAAAAAUGCAUGAGUUGGUCGGAUAGAGUGUGGUAUGCUGCGGGCGGGAACUUUGCCGGCACUAUGUAUUUGAACAAAUGAACCAUCUC